AAAAAAAAAAAAAACAGUGAGACGAGGACUCGCCAGACCGCGGUCAUAACAGAGUAAACCGUAGGCAGCAAGCCCCACCUCUCAUUGCGAUCGUGUCUGGUCAAGAAAGAAACCCUUCUCGUUCUCGGCCCAUAGGGUUUUCUCUUAUAGCCUCUCACACCACCACCAAGCGAUAUGGCAAUUGCAAAAGUGGAGUUGAAGUUGUUAGUUGGCCCACGAACCUUAGCUGAAGUGGAAAUUACAAACACAAUCAUGGUAUUGGAUCUGAAAGGAUGUCUCCAGCAACAAAGCCUCAUGGAAGGGAUGAUUGGGAUAUAGAGUUUCAGAUUCACCGUAUGGAAGCAAAGGCAUACCAUGCUGUGUUGAGGGCUUUUAGUGCUCAAUCGAAUAAUCUAACUUGGGGACGAGAGGCACUUAUGACUGAGCUGCGGAAGGAACUUAAUAUUUCAGAUAAUGAACAUGGAGAUCUGCUCAUGAAGAUUAAGUCAGAUGAGGCGAUAAAAGUGAUAAGGGAAUGGCGGAAUGAUGCCCGUUGUGCUCAAGAGUGUGGUAAGGAUGCUCCUAGAUAUCCUUCUAAACUAGUGAGCAAUGCUCAACAGAGAGAAGUGGAGACUCAACAUCCUCCUGUUUCAAAGUCUCAAAAAUAUUCCUCAUGCAGUCAGCCUUGUACAGAAGUUAUCCCUUCUGCUACUGCUGCACCAGGUGCCCAAAUCAAAGACAAUGGUGGAAUGAGAGUGAAACUUGGAAGAAACUUUGUGACUCAAGGAAACAGCCCUUUUUUGAACUUGAAGUACCAAGGACAACUUAGCAAGGCUCAAGGGAGUGGUGACUUGGCAAUGCUCUCAUCUGGGAAUGGCAGACAGUCUAUGCAUAUAAAUGGUCAUAACCCUCAGGCACCAUAUGGUAGCAGAAGUACUGGACUGGUAAAAUCCCAAUUGAAGAUGGGCGUUCACCCAACUGGCUCUGAUAAUUUAAACAAAAGUUCUGAUUUGAUUAAGAUACGUGCUACAGAUAAAGUCCUUUAUGAGGUUGAGAAGCUAUUUGAUUGUCAAGAAAGCCUAGUCCCACUUCAUGUUGAGAAGGCAAAGUUAAUCCUUAAAGAGCAUGAAAGAGCUAUCCUUGAAGCACUUGGCAAACUGCCUGAUGUGUCAGAUGUAGAUGAUUCUCCCAAGCAAAUCAGGCAUAAGUAUCCUCAUGAACAGCUUCCAGUAAUGGGACGCAAAAUGUUGAUACGCAAUGACUUCUAUGGAUAGGCCGGUAGGUUGACAUACUGAGGGUUUCUGUUCUAUUGAAACACACGUGGUUAGGAUUUCCUUUCAUUGGCAUUCGAGAUGAUGAAGCUGCCACUUAAUUUGACCUGGUAAUCUUAGAGAUUUGAAGUCAUGUAUAUAUAACUAUCUAUCAUACGGUCCAAGGCCAUCCCAGGCCUAACUAUAGCUUCCCAUGGUGAUCACUAAGAAUAGAUGUUAGCUUUUGUUGCUUUAUGAACAGAAACGCUUGAGACAGAUUUUCUGAGCAAAUAGGUUUUCUUGGCACAAAGAUGUUGGUAAAAAUUAACUGGUUUAUUUUGCUGAAAAGUUA